AUGUCAAAUGAUGGUGAGAAAAGAAAGCACGCACCCAACGACGCCGUUUCGGACAGCCAGGCCAAGAAGCAGGCGCGCGACGUGACAGACCAAGAGGUCGAGGAAUUCUCCGCCAUAGUCCGCCGCAUGAAGACGGCGGUGACGUACCUCAGGAACGGCGAAGCGUCCGGGGGACGGUGGGCGGAGUCGCUGGAGGAGCAGAUUGUGCAUGAGGUGAAAGAAAGAAGGGGCAUUGGGAAUUUCGGUUUGGAUCUGAAUGAAACUCCCCAACAAGAGUGA